CAAUAAACAGAUUCUCCAUUGAAGAACCUUGCGUACCAUUUCCUCUCUUUCCAGCGCCCGAUUAAGCUGUAACUUUCCCAGUGCAUCCCAUGGACGAGUCGCCUGGUCGUCGCGACAGCUACGGUGGUCUCAGUGACCAUGACCGACUGCCAGAAUCUGACGAGCUCAGCAUCCAAGAGCAUGACAAUUCCUCUCGACCUCAAGCACUGGCGGCCGCUGACCUGGAGAAAGACGAGACCGAUGUUGAAUCUGCGCGAUCUGCCAAUUCUGAACCCAAGGGACCCGAGAAAGACCCCCACCUGGUAGAAUGGGAUGGACUUGACGAUCCCCAAAACCCCAUCAACUGGCCAGUGUGGAAGAAAUGGGCCAUCACCAUGUCUCUGGCCUGGAUGUCCCUCUGGGUGACCUUUGCCAGCAGUGUUUUCUCUUCAGCGACAAUGGUAACAGCAGCCAAGUUCCACGUCUCGACCGAAGUCAUGACGCUGGGGACCAGUGUGUUGCUCUUUGGCUACAUGCUAGGCCCUCUCAUCUGGGGUCCCUUGUCCGAACUGUACGGCCGCAGGAUUCCCUUGUUCGUGGGUUACAUCGUCUUCAUCAUCUUCCAGAUCCCUGUCGCUGUCGCGCAGAAUAUCGAGACCAUUAUGCUCUGCCGGUUCAUCCAGGGCACCUUCGGCUGCUCUCCUCUCGUUGUCUGCGGCGGUGCUCUGGCGGAUUUCUGGGACCCGGUCAAUCGUGCCGUUGCUGUCGCCAUGUUCGCUUCUGCAACAUUUUUGGGUCCUACUUUCGGGCCUAUCGUUGGUGGUUUCAUCGUCAGUUCCCACCUUGGCUGGCGCUGGACAGCCUGGAUCACAUUGAUCGCCUCGUCAUUAUUCGGCCUCAUCGCCCUGUUCGUCAUCGAGGAGAGCUAUGCUCCCGUUAUCCUCCAGAAACGCGCAGCUCGUCUCCGCAGGGAAACGCACAACUGGGCCCUGCACUCCCUCCUGGACGAACGCAAACCCACCUUCAAAGACAUCAUCUUCAAAUACGUCCUCCGCCCGUUCCAAAUGCUCAUCUUCGAACCCAUCCUCCUCCUCAUCACCUUCUACCUCGCCUUCAUCUACGGCAUCCUCUACCUCUUCUUCGAAGCCUUCCCCGUCGCAUUCCAAGAAGUCCGCGGCUGGCACCACCCUGGCGUUGCCGCCCUCCCAUUCAUAGGCGUCCUAAUCGGCGUCCUGGCCGGCGUCGCCUUCAUAAUCAUAAUAACCAAAACCAGAUACGCCAGUCUGUUGGCGAAAAAUGGCCACGUUCCGCCUGAGGAACGCCUCCUCCCCAUGAUCCCCGCUGCCAUCGCCCUGCCCAUCGGCCUGUUCUGGUUCGGCUGGACCUCAAACCCUCACGUCAGCUGGGUCCCGCAGGUCAUCGCCAGUGUCCCGAUCGGUUUCGCCAUCCUCGUCAUCUUCAUGCAGGGUCUCAACUAUAUCGUCGAUGUGUAUCUGAUGUUCGCUAAUUCGGGCAUUGCGGCGAACACGAUCAUCCGGAGCGCUCUGGGAGGCGGCUUCCCGCUCUUCGCUGUGCAGAUGUAUCAUAAUCUGGGCGUCGCCUGGGCGUCGAGUUUGCUCGCUUUCCUGUCCAUUGCUAUGGCUCCUAUUCCGGUUCUGUUCUUCUUAUUCGGGAAGAAGAUUCGCAGCUGGAGUAGGUUCAGUCCUACCCUGUGAGGGGGGCGAUAUAUUCAAAAGAAAGGAAAGGUCUACUGUUCUCAUUGUCCCUAGUCUGCAUUGGUUUCGGUUUUCUAGCCUCGGCGUGGGGCUGACUCUACAUGACUAAUUGGUUAAAAUCAUGAUUAAUGGAUGUACAAAUAGAGUCUGUUUGGCAUUCACAUGGUGCAUCCAUAUUUAUUUGCAUUUUGUUUCAAUUUUAAUAUAGUAUGGAGGUAGGAUAGUCUUAAUUAAUACUAGUCAGUUAACCGAAU